UUUUUUUAUUUUUAUUUUUUUUUUUUUUACUUUCUUUUGACAUGUCAUGAUCGGUUAUUCAUUGAACAACAACGAUAUGAAAUACACAAGUAAAAACGAUAUCCUUUUAGAUGCUUCUCGAGUAUUAAUGGAAGAAGCUAGAGCAAUACAAGCAUGCGCAGAACGUUUACAACAACAUACGGAGACUCGACAAGGAUAUGAACAUGCCGUUGAAUUGAUAUUCAAAUCUCUCGAAGCUGGUGGAAAAGUUGUCGUUACAGGUGUAGGCAAAUCUGGCAAGAUUGGUGAAAAAAUAGUAGCAACCAUGUUAUCUACUGGCACUUCAGCUACAUUUUUACAUCCUGUAGAAGCACUUCAUGGCGAUCUUGGUGUCAUUCAAGUUAAUGAUGUUGUAUUGGCUCUUUCGUUUUCUGGUAAUACUGAAGAAUUGAUGGCUCUUUUACCGAGUAUCAAACAUAGACAAGUACCUAUCAUUGGAUUAGGUGGUAAUGAAAAAAGCAAAUUAGCCAAGGAAUGUCAAGCAUGGUUAGAUGGACAUGUCGAUAGAGAAGCAGGAACUGUACCAGCACCAACAAGUUCAACUACUUUGGCUUUAGCUCUUGGGGAUGCAUUGGCGUUAUCAUUAGCAAAAUUGCGCUCAUUUUCUACAGAUGGUUUUGCUCUUAAUCAUCCUGGUGGAUCUUUAGGACGGCGACUUUUAUUAAAGGUAUCGGAUACUAUGAUUACGACAUCAGUAGCUGGUUCAGUGUCACCUCAAGCUUCAUUGGACUUGGUGAUUAUGGAAAUGACUCGUCAUCCCAAGGCAUCUGGUGUAGUGGUGAUAGAUAAUGAUGAUGAAGAUAUGACAAUGAUACCAACUCCUCCAUGUUCAACAACUUCUGAAGAUGAUUCUACGGAUGGUCAAGUGGUGGGUGUUAUCACACAUGGAGAUAUACAUCGAAUCUUGAAAUCUUCUGACAAGGAUGGUAUAUUCAAUAUUCGGGCUGCGGACAUCAUGACUAGAAAUCCAAUUACCUGUCAAAGCAAUACCUUAGCUCUGGAUGCUUUACAAUUGAUGACCAACAAAUCUCUCCGCGAAAAAAGUUUACCCUUACUUCCGGUGCUUACUAAAUCUGGACGAUGGCAAGGCGUAGUGACUUUGAAGGACUUGCAAGAAUUCUUCUGAUCCUUAUCUCUUAUUGAUAUCUUCAUAUUUAUAUUGUACAUAUUCUUGUAUUAUUUUAUAUUCUAUAUAUUCCCUAUUCCUCUUUUUUUUUUUUCUUCUUCUCUCUUUCUUUCUCCCUC